GAGAACCACAAAGGGGAUUGAGGAGAUUUACCUGAGAAGUCAGGGGAGGAAGUUAUCAUGUAAUAUUUUAACGCUGGCGUUUUUGUCCUCAUCAAAUCCGCACUUGGCAUACGUGGCUGAACUACACACAUCAAUCAACCCCGUGUGUAGCAGUUCUGCAUAUUUAUAGCAUAAUGUUUGUGUUGCUAUGUGGUCUAACGUUACCCACCGUUAGCAACUGACGGACUCACAUUACAACCACUAACUGCAGGGCUGAGAGGGGUAACGUUGUUAGCAAGCACCCCAGCUAGCUAACGGGAGCUGCAAACAGAUAAAGCCGUGUAUUGUCUCUACCCGAGUCAAAAGCUUUAACUAACAGUAAAGUUUAAGCUAAAUUAGUGCUAGCAGACAGCAUGCAUUGAGAGGUAACAUCGUCUCCUGGGUCAGAAACAACAGCAGCUCAGUGCUGGGAGGUCUUCAGUGGGUCCCAUACCUGAUGGAGGACAAAUUCACUGCAGUGAAUCUAUCAGCUGAUUUAAAAAAUUCAGCAACUAUGCCUUCUUUCGGACUGUUUCUUUAAACCUGGUAGCGAUGGCGUCGCGUAAGGCAGACGAGCUGCCAAAUGACUCCAAGGAUGAGGCUUCAGCCUCCGAACAGCUCUCCCCUAGCGGCACCGAUGACAUUACGGAGGAGCUUCAGUUGGACACAAUGAACUCUGCUGUAAAAUCCCAAAAAUCUAGAAAAUUUCGCAGGACUGCCCUGGCAUUUUUUGGAGUUCGUAAAAGCAUCUGUAUCUUACCAAGUUUUUUUGGUGGAAGGAGUAAAAAUCAGAGCAAGUGGUCAUCUAAGAAAGGGUUCCCCAAAAGCAAAACCCACGAUGGGCUGAGUAAAGUUAGUUAUGAUGACAAUCUGCAAGGCGGCUACACCUCAGCUGGAGACUUUGAAUACCGCUGCCAGAGGGACUCGGCUGCAGAUCUCCACAGUAGCUGCCAUAAUGAAUGUAGUUUCCCUGCUGUUGAGCAGAAAUCACUGAGUCUUACCAGGCAAAAAAAGGGUUUGAGGGGUCUUUUUAACAGUUUCCGGCAUCAUAAAAACCAUAGAAAUGUUGGACUGGAAAAACCAGAAAUGAUCGCAAUGACCUCUCCUCAGUGCAAGAAAGAGAUGCCUGUUGUCCUGGACAACGCUAACCAGUUUGUCACAGAGUGCCUCGGAUCUGAACCUGAUGUGCCUGAUUUAGCAGAUCUUAUGUGUGAUAUUUCAAAUGAUCUUGAAUCCAUUGAUGCAGCUGCUGUGAUAGCAUCAGAGAAUUAUAUGGUGCAAGAAAGUCCAAAAUGUGAGCUGGAUGGUCAAAUGUGUGAUGAUCAAACAGAGGAGAUUAAUUUGAUGGCUGUAGUUUCUGGUGAAUUUGAGGAGAGUAUGAGAGUAAACAGCGAGCCUUGUUUGAAAGUUAAGAUGAUGUCAGAGCCGGCAAAGACUGAAACGCCUGCUGGCUCAUCAGAUCAGCUGAACCUGAUGUUUGGAGAUGUUGCAUCGUUGAAGAGCUUUGACUCCCUCACUGGCUGUGGGGACAUCAUUGCAGAUCAAGAAGACGACAGCAUCACAGAGAGCACAGUGUCAGGGGAGAGGAGCAGAAAUGGAGGAAAGAGGGCCUCUUGUUGUCUCACCUAUCAAGGUGGGGGUGAAGAAAUGGCCUCACCUGAAGAUAUGGGUGAGGAGUGUCUUCAUGAUUUCUGGGGUAAUAACGCAUCAGAGGAAAUGUGCUAUACCCACAACCAAGACCACACCGAUCUGACUGCUGACCUGACGAGCUCUCACAAUCUGGAUUUACUGAACAGUAAUAGUGCACAGCAAGCCAGUGGCGUGGAUACCUCUUCAAUGGCUGAUGUGUUAACUCCUCAAGAUGAGCAUCAAGAAUCAGUUCCAAACAGUGAUGAAGGUUACUACGAUUCAACCACCCCAGGGCAUGAUGAAGGACAAGAGAAGACCGACAGACUGAGGUCAGACAGAUUGCCUAGAGACAGUUACAGUGGGGAUGCCCUCUAUGAACUUUUUGCACCAGACGAGAGUCUCAUCAGUCCACAAUAUGAAAGCAAAUCAAAGCUGCCUAGCUCACAGCCAUGCGAGUAUUUAAGCCAGACAGUUGAUGUGGACAGUUCUGCUUUUGUUCCAGAAAUGAAUCGAUUACAAACAGGUGCUGAGCUGUACAAAGCUCACGAUUUUCCAGAGGUGCCCAGCACAUGCAGUAAGUCCCCUAAACUGGCACAGAAUAUAAUUUGUCAGCAGGAAAUUGGCACAAAUAAGAACUGUAAUAUGAAUUCAAACCCUCAAGCACCAGUAGACAAGAAUAACCUAGAUCCGGAUACGUUUAAUGACAAAGAAAAUAUGUCUGCUUCCACUGAAAGAAGAACAAAAUCCAUAAAUGCAGAUAGUGAAAAAAGGCACAGCAGUAUAUCAUUUGGAAGCACAUCUGACCCAGAUUUUGAAACGUUUUGUGAACCCAAAGAACAGCAUCUUGAGGAAAACAAGCCUGUGGCUUUACCAUAUAAAAAUAUCAAUUCUCAGUCUCCAUACUGUAACAGCGAUGUGGAUGAUGAGCAAGCUGUGAGUUUCUCUCAAGCACUUGUGGACUACACAAAACACUCCGAGAUGCUGAGUAACUUGCACAACAGUGUGGAUGAUUUGGAGGCAAACUCUGCCUUCACUCCAAACAUGGAGGCCUUACCUACCAUUGUCACAUUUGAUGUAGUUGACAUGCAUAAUGAGGGGGAGUAUGACGAGCAGAUUCAAAUGGAGCUGGAGGAGGACAUAUCAUCACCUUAUCAAGAGUUUGAAGAAAGCUAUUUACAAAAAGAUGCAUUUGCUGAGUGUGACUAUCAGAUGUUAGACUUGUAUGAGCAAAACCUGAUCAGUAACACAUGGGCGAUCGCUAGUCUCCCCCGGCACCUUGGCCUUACAAGAGUCAGCCAGUCCAUGCCUAAUCCAUUGUCUCUAGACAGGAGAAGUAGGUCUCUGGACACAGAAAGCCUUGAGCUGAAUAUGCCUGACGCAUACAGACAGAACAGAGCUGCUAUCAUUUCGUGUCCUCAAACUGAACAGGACUCUGAAAGAGAUUCUUCACUGUAUUACAAAAAGAAUGUACUUGUGUCUGCACCAGAGUCUAGAGACAGUAGCAGCAUUAUGGCCUUAUCAUGGCAAACAAGGUCAGAAAUGGCUUUAAGCCUGCCUUUGGCUGAUGGGGAAACCUCUGAGAAAGUACAGAGUCUCAAUCAAGUCAAACACAAGAUACCUUCUAGUUCAUCCAGCAGUAAAUCCCAGCGCGUGUGCUCUAAUGUGUCCCGUGAUGUUACUUCACAGAACACAGAGCUUUGCAACAGGCAGUGUCACCUCUCCAUACAAUCAGAUUCUUGUUUACCUCACAGCACCUUUGUUUACUCUGGAAUGAUGGAGGAGGUAUCAGAUGAUGUCGAUGAGGAUGUCUUUUGUAAAGCUGCCACUAGUUUGCAGUCCUAUAAUCAGUGCGGUAAGAACAGGCCAGUGGUUAACAGGGAGGGGACAUCUCAUGCCGGGAGUCCUCCGAAUACAUGUGUGUUUAAAGAUGAAAUGGCUGUUCAUGGUGAAACAAAAACGCCCAGGGAUGCGGCUUGCAAUGUAACAUGCAACCAACUCCCAGAGGCUACCAUCAACUGAAUAGUUCACAUGUAUGUGCCAAUUUGUGCUUUUAUUUUACAUCCUAAAGAGGAGUUGUUGCUUCAUCUCUUCUGGCAGAACUGAUAUAUUUGGGAGGAAAUGUCAUUUUAGAUAAACAGGAUUUUAAAAUGUAGAGUCUCUGCCAUCAUCAGCUGCAUUUUCUAUUAGGAAGUUAAAGGGAUUUUCCUUAUUUGCACAAAAACAUUUGAUCUCAACAUGAAAACAUUUGUUCUUUUGAAAAUACAAGCAAGAAAAUGGUUGGAUUUUUAAUGAAAUUAUUUAAAGAUACCUGACAUUAAGCAGUUUAGUUAUACCAGAAUGAUUUUACACAUAUGUAACCUCUGAAUACAGGUCUUAACCUUUGUUUCAUGCAUAUUCAUAAGGCUUGUUUCCAUCGCACAGCCAAACAAAGCUCUCCCAGUCUUGUUGACUUUGCACCCUGAACACAUGUAGGCUUAUGCUUUAAGUGCAGACUUCUGUUUGUGUUUAACUGCUUGUUUAUAGCUUCUCCUUGCUCCAGUAAUGUUUAUGUUUUUCCUGUCAUGGUGCUCAGAGUUAGUGUUUCUUUUGGUACUUCAUCUUAGGCCAGAUAGGGGUCAAUUUAAAAAGUGUCUCUCAAAGAUGUGUGACCUUAAUGGAGUGUAUUUAAAAUGCACUGAGCUGUUACAUUUAGCUUUAGCUCAAAUUAUUAAACUUGCAUUGUAAGUUCACUGCCAUUUACCCUACACAGAUCCUCUUUGUUUGAAAGUGCUUUGCAUUGAGAAAGUCUGAGUCAAAACUAUGAAAUAGUAGAGAAAUACAGUAAAAACCUAGAACCCAAAGGUAGGGUAAAAGCCUCUCCUUGUUGUCAAAUUGGCCCGACAAGAAAAUUUUGCCACUUAUGACUUUCUCUUGGCCCAUUUAAAACAGUUUGUCCACCUGUAAAGUGCAAAAUUUUAAUUAGAAUGUUGCACUCCAGAAUUGCAUUUCUGUAAGUUAUUAGAAGUAGAAUUUGGUUUGAUUAAGUUUUGAAUUGGAGAUAAACUGGAAUUUUUAACUUGUCAAAUUUUCUUGUGCGUUUAAUAUUUUAUCAGUGUGAGGUUCAACUGUCUUUUUUUCUAGUGUAUUACAGAACAAAUGUCAAGGAAUUUGUAUUUAUAUUCUCCACUGUUUGUACACUCAAAUACUGUAUUUAAAACAGUUUAGACAUUUGGGAAUUACUAUUUGUUUGCAUUUUAUUUUUAUUUUUUUUACCGUCUUAAAAUUACAUCAAUGUUACAUUUUAGUAUUUCUCCUGGAAAAAUGUUUUGUCAAAGUAGAACACUGCCUUACACUAAAA